CUCAAAGAAAGCCUCAGUUCUGACCUGGCGGCCGUCGAGACCGCACCGGCCUGCCGACAAUGCGGCAGACUUUGUGACUCUAGUGUGGUGAGUGUGUUACAGCACAGUGUCCGUGCGUUAACCCCAACCCCUGAUAGUGUAAACCGGAUUUUAUAUUUGGAACGCCCCGCGGCGUGCAAAAAGAUUCACGAUGUUGAUAAGGUGUCGGGCGGCACUAGGUGUCGCCUUGUUCCUUUGCCUAGUUUCAUCGACAUUGUCUGAGGGCAACCUCUUCACCUGUCCGAAUGGCUGGGAGUUAAAGGGCCUUCAUUGUUAUAAAUUUUUUAAUAUCCGACAUUCUUGGGAUAAAGCUGCGGAAUUAUGCCGAAGAUAUGGAAGUGAGCUGAUGGUUAUAGACAGUUACACUGAAAAUAACAUGACCGCAAGCAUGGUACCAUCUACACCUAGCAACACUCACUAUUGGCUUGGCCUUGCAACUGUUGACGACCUAAGAACAAAUACCUUAGAAUCAGCUGCAGGGACUCUAGUUUCACAAUAUGCAGGAUUUUGGGACCUCAGACAACCGAAUCCCAAAGAUGGUGAAUGUGUGGAUGUUCACGUUACAUCGGAAAGACAAUCUUGGGAAUUAACAACAUGUGAAACCCUACUUCCUUUUAUGUGCAGAGCUUCCGCUUGUCCUGCAGGAACCUUCCAUUGUUCUAACGGAAGAUGCAUUAAUGCAGCCUUCAAAUGCGACAAACAAGAUGAUUGUGGUGACUCAUCUGACGAAAUGGACUGUGCUACUGAUUGUCAUUUUUAUAUGGCUAGUAGCGGUGAUGUCGUAGAAAGCCCUAACUAUCCUCACAAAUAUGCACCUUUCAGUGAAUGUAAAUGGACACUCGAAGGACCUCAAGGACAAAACAUCGUACUACAGUUCCAAGAUUUUGAAACUGAAAAGUCUUUUGAUACUGUUCAAAUCUUAGUAGGUGGUCGAACUGAAGAUAAAUCUGUCAACUUAGCUACACUAUCAGGAAAACAAGAUUUAUCUAAUAAACUGUAUGUUUCUGCUUCUAACUUUAUGAUAAUCAAAUUUAGCUCAGAUGGAUCCGUUGAAAGAAAAGGUUUUCGUGCCUCAUGGAAGACUGAAUCAUCAAACUGUGGAGGUAUUCUUAGAGCAACUCCUCAAGGUCAGGUUCUCACAUCACCUGGUUAUCCUAACAGCUACCCUGGUGGUUUGGAAUGCAUGUAUAUUAUUGAAGCACAACCUGGAAGGAUAGUUUCAUUGGAAAUAGAAGAUUUAGAAUUGGAAAUGAACAGAGACUACAUUGUUAUUAAAGACGGAAACACUCCAUCUAGUUCAGUUCUUGCCCGACUAACUGGACCUGGUGAUGAAAAUGAAAAAGUAGUUAUAUCGACAACAAACCACUUAUAUAUGUAUUUCCGGACUAGCCUUGGAGAUUCUAAAAGAGGAUUUAAUAUGAGGUAUUCCCAAGGUUGCCGAGCUACAAUAAUAGCAGCUAAUGGAACAUUCACUUCUCCAGCUUACGGCCUCAACAAUUACCCAAAUAAUCAGGAAUGUUUAUACAGAAUUAAAAAUCCAAACGGAGGACCCUUGUCCUUAAAAUUUAAUGAAUUCAAUAUUCACUCUUCCGAUGUAGUGCAAGUUUUUGAUGGGUCGAGCACAAGUGGUUUACGAUUACAUUCUGAUAAUGGAUUCACUGUUAAACCAAGAAUAACAUUAACUGCAUCGAGUGGGGAAAUGCUAAUACGAUUUAUGUCUGAUGCUCUUCAUAAUAGUAUAGGUUGGAGAGCAACAUUUUCAGCUGAUUGUCCUCCAUUAAAGUCUGGCACAGGAGCUUUAGCUUCAAACAGAGAUACUGCUUUUGGUACAACUAUAACAUUUUCAUGUCCAAUCGGUCAAGAAUUUGCCACUGGAAAAUCUAGAAUUACAACACAAUGUUUAGAAGGCGGAAAUUGGUCUACUACCUAUAUUCCAAGCUGCCAAGAGGUCUAUUGUGGUCCGGUCCCUCAAAUCGAUAAUGGAUUUUCUAUUGGCUCAACGAACGUAACUUACAGGGGUGUAGCAACUUAUCAAUGUUAUGCUGGAUUUGCAUUCCCAACCGGACAACCAAUAGAAAGAAUUUCUUGUUUAUCGGAUGGAAGAUGGGAAAGAACUCCGACUUGUCUUGCAUCACAAUGUGUGGCACUUCCUGAUGUCCCACAUGCUAAUGUUACUAUACUGAAUGGCGGUGGUCGCAGUUAUGGUACAAUAGUUCGAUUCGAAUGUGAACCCGGCUACGUUCGAUCUGGCCAACCUGUACUGCUUUGUAUGAGCAAUGGAACAUGGUCCGGUGAAGUACCAACUUGUUCUAAAGCUAUCUGUCCUAAGUUUCCUGAAAUCAAGAACGGAUUCAUUGUCGAUCAAACCAGAGUCUAUAUGUUUGGCGAUGAAGCCCGAGUGCAAUGUUAUAAAGGGUAUAAACUAAACGGACCCAGCAUAAUUAAAUGUGGACCUGGUCAAAACUUUGAUGCAACUCCAAGUUGUGAAGAUAUCAAUGAAUGCUCAAGCAGUCAAUGUGAUUCUGCCUCAACAGAAUGUAAAAACACUCAUGGUGGAUUCUACUGCCCUUGUCGCCCCGGAUUUACACCUAGCUUGGACUGCAAACCUGUUGGUGAUUUAGGUUUAAUUAACGGAGCUAUUCCGGAUGAGUCUAUAACGACGUCCGCUUCCGAAGCUGGAUAUUAUAAAGGCAUGAUUCGCUUAAACAAUGGAGGAGGUUGGUGUGGCAAUAAUCUUGAAGCUGGUGCAAACUGGGUCUUAGUUGAUCUUCGAGCUCCAACAAUCAUAAGAGGAUUCCGCACGAUGAGUGUUAUGAGGGCUGAUGCUAAUAUUGCAUUUACAUCUGCAAUUAGAAUACAAUAUACUAAUGACUUGACCGAUACAUUUAAAGAUUACACAAAUCCUGAUGGAACAGCGGUGGAAUUCCGAAUUUUGGAGCCUACGCUUUCAGUCUUAAACUUACCAAUGCCAAUUGAAGCUCAAUAUAUAAAAUUCAAAAUACAAGAUUAUGUUGGAGCACCCUGUCUCAAAUUAGAAAUUAUGGGGUGUGCUAGACUUGACUGCUCAGACAUAAAUGAAUGUAGUGAAAACAAUGGUGGCUGUGAUCAGAAAUGUAUUAAUACACCUGGAAACUUCUCAUGCGCCUGUAAUAUUGGUUACGAACUGUAUUCUUUUAAUGGAACGGCCGGCUUCUCUAUAGAGAACUCUGAAUCCGGGGAACGAGAUGGCGAUACAUAUCAAAGAAAUAAAUCAUGUGUCCCUGUAAUGUGUCCAUCUCUAGCUUCACCUGAAAACGGUCAAUUGCUUUCAACUAAAAGUUCCUAUCAUUUCGGCGAUGUUGUCGAAUUCCAGUGUAAUUUUGGCUAUGUUAUGUCGGGCUUCUCUUCACUUCUUUGCACAUCAAGUGGAACGUGGAAUGGUACAGCUCCCGAAUGUCAAUAUGCACGAUGCGUUACAUUAUCUGAUGAAAAGAAUGAUGGGCUAAAGGUGAUUCGAGACGACCCUGAAAGUGUUUUAGUGCCAUACAGAGAUAACGUUACUAUUACUUGUACUUCACCUGGCCGUCAAUUACGAAACACUCUUACCUCGUCUUUCCGGCAAUGUGUUUAUGAUCCCAAACCAGGUCUUCCCGACUAUUGGCUUUCUGGAGCUCAACCUCAAUGUCGGCGAAAGGAUUGUGGCGUUCCUAUGCCAACACCUGGAGCAGAAUAUGGUCAAUAUCUCGAUACAAGAUAUCAAAGCUCUUUCUUUUUCGGAUGUCAAAACACUUUUAAAUUGGCCGGUCAAACAAGCAAACACGAUAACGUUGUUCGUUGUCAACAAAACGGAAUAUGGGACUUUGGAGAUUUAAGAUGUGAAGGACCCGUAUGUGAAGAUCCAGGUCGGCCAGCCGAUGGGUAUCAAAUAGCUAGAAGUUACGAACAAGGAUCUGAAGUUCUAUUCGGUUGUUCAAGACCUGGUUAUAUUUUAAUAAACCCCAGACCCAUAACUUGUAUUCGUGAACCAGAAUGUAAAGUUAUAAGACCUCUUGGCUUAGCUUCAGGCAGAAUACCUGACUCAGCAAUCAAUGCAACUUCCGAAAGACCUAAUUAUGAAGCAAAAAAUAUUAGACUUAACUCAGUGACUGGAUGGUGUGGCAAACAAGAAGCUUUUACUUAUGUUAGUGUCGACUUAGGCAAAGUUUACAGAGUUAAAGCUAUACUAGUGAAAGGUGUUGUAACAUCGGACAUAGUUGGCCGUCCAACAGAAAUAAGAUUCUUUUACAAACAAGCUGAAAAUGAAAACUAUGUAGUAUAUUUCCCCAACUUUAACCUAACUAUGCGUGAUCCGGGAAAUUAUGGUGAACUUGCAAUGAUUACACUGCCAAAAUAUGUUCAAGCUAGAUUUGUUAUUCUUGGUAUCGUAAGUUUUAUGGACAACGCUUGCCUCAAAUUUGAAUUGAUGGGAUGUGAUGAACCUUCCGCCGAGCCAUUAUUAGGUUACGAUUAUGGAUAUUCACCUUGUGUGGAUAAUGAGCCACCAGUAUUCCAGAAUUGCCCUCAGCAUCCUAUUAUAGUACAAACUGAUGUAAAUGGAGGCCUUCUGCCAGUCAAUUUUACAGAACCAACGGCUACUGAUAACUCUGGCGCUAUUGCUAGAUUAGAAGUUACACCACAACAUUUUAGAACUCCGAUACAAGUUUUUCAUAAUAUGGUUGUACGAUAUGUAGCCUUUGACUUCGAUGGCAAUGUUGCUAUUUGUGAAGUUAAUAUAACAGUACCAGAUUAUACACCACCGAAAUUAAGUUGUCCUCAAAGUUACGUUAUUGAGCUAGUAGAUAAACAAGACAGUUACGCAGUCAAUUUUAAUGAUACCAGGAGAAGAAUUAAUGCUACUGAUGCUUCCGGAGAAGUUGUCUUGAAGUUCAUACCAGAAAGAGCAGUUAUCCCAAUACGAGGCUAUGAAAAUGUAACAGUUAUAGCUUCUGAUAAAUACGGAAACAAGGCUCAAUGUAACUUCCAGGUUUCUGUUCAAGCUACUCCUUGCGUUGAUUGGGAACUUAUGCCUCCAGCGCACGGAGCAAUAAACUGUUUGCCUGGAGAUAGAGGAAUUCAAUGUAUAGCAACGUGCAGUCCUGGAUUUAGAUUUACCGAUGGUGAACCAGUCAAAACGUUUGUCUGUGAAACUAAGCGUCAAUGGGUUCCUUCUGCUGUAGUGCCAGAUUGUGUUUCUGAAAAUACUCAACAAGCUGCAUACCAUGUCGUAGCAAGUGUACAAUAUCGAGCCCUUGGAGCGGUUUCAAACGCAUGCUUACCACAAUACAAAGAUUUACUUGCUCAAUAUGAUAAUAUAUUAAAUGAAAGACUGUCACAGCGAUGUUCUGCAGUAAACGUGAAUAUUAAUGUUACAUUCGUAAAAGCAAUGCCUAGUCUCCUCGACGAAAACGUCGUCAAAAUGGACUUUGUCUUAGCUAUAAUUCCAGCUAUAAGACAAACUCAAUUGUAUGAUCUUUGUGGAUCAACGUUAAAUCUUAUAUUUGACCUCUCAGUACCUUACGCAAGUGCACUGAUUGAGCCAGUACUGAACGUUUCUUCGAUUGGUAAUCAAUGUCCACCAUUAAGAGCUAUAAGAAGCUCUAUUACACGCGGUUUUACAUGUAGCGUCGGUGAAGUACUUAAUAUGGAUACAAAUGAUGUACCCAGAUGUUUGCAUUGUCCCGCUGGUACAUUUGCUGGUGAAAAACAAAAAACAUGCACAAUGUGUCCGAGGGGAUAUUUCCAGAACCAAGCCCGUCAAGGAUCAUGCCUUAAAUGUCCUCAAGGAACUUUCACAAGGGAAGAAGGAUCAAAAGAUUUAACUGAUUGCGUACCUGUAUGUGGCUAUGGAACAUAUUCUCCAACAGGAUUGGUUCCAUGUCUAGAAUGUCCAAGAAAUAGUUACACCGGUGAGCCUCCUUUAGGAGGAUUUAAAGAUUGCCAAGCAUGUCCGGUGAACACCUACACAUAUCAACCAGCAGCUGCUGGAAAAGACAAAUGUAGAGCAAAAUGUGCAUCAGGCACAUAUUCACCGACUGGCUUAGCUCCCUGCUCACAAUGUCCUAGAAAUUUUUACCAAAACUCAAUUGGCCAAACACUAUGUAUGGAGUGUCCCACAAAUAUGAAAACUGUAAGCACAGGUGCUUCAGGAUUGGAAGAAUGCUUACCAGUUGAAUGUUCAAACAGUGCUUGUCAACAUGGUGGAUUGUGUGUGCCAAAAGGACAUGGUGUUCAAUGUUAUUGUCCAGCUGGUUUUUCUGGACGAAGAUGUGAAAUAGAUAUUGAUGAAUGCGAAAGUCAACCUUGUUAUAACGGAGGUAAAUGCAUUGAUCUACCACAAGGAUAUAGAUGCUCAUGUCCCACGGGUUACGGUGGAAUUAAUUGUCAAGAAGAGAGAACCGACUGUAAAAAUGAUACAUGUCCAGAACGUGCAAUGUGCAAAGACGAACCUGGAUUUAAUAAUUAUACAUGUUUAUGUAGGUCUGGUUACACUGGAAUCGAUUGCGAUAUUUCGAUUGACCCUUGUUCAGCAAAUGGAAAUCCUUGUAAAAAUGGAGCGUCAUGUACAGCUCUCCAACAAGGCAGAUACAAAUGUGAAUGCUUACCAGGGUGGGAAGGACAGCUCUGUGAAACUAACACAAAUGACUGUGUUGAAAAACCCUGUCUUCUUGGUGCCCCUUGCACUGAUUUAGUCAAUGACUUCAGCUGUGCUUGUCCCCCUGGUUUCACUGGGAAACGAUGUCAUGAAAAAAUAGAUCUAUGCUCUACUGCACCGUGUAAACAUGGUAUUUGUGUUGACAAACUGUUUGUUCAUCAAUGCGUUUGUGAUCCAGGUUGGACUGGGCCAUCAUGUGAUAUUAAUAUUAAUGAAUGUGUAAUUUCGCCAUGCGAAAAUGGAGGUCGCUGUAUCGAUACCAUAGACGAUUUUACAUGUAACUGUGAACCUGGAUAUACAGGCAAGAGAUGUCAACAUACUAUUGAUGAUUGUGCUUCUGAUCCUUGUCAAAAUGGAGCAACAUGUGUGGAUCAAAUUGAUGGAUUCACUUGCAAAUGCCGACCAGGAUUUAUCGGUCUGCAAUGUGAAUCAGCAAUAGAUGAAUGCCUGAAUGAACCCUGCAACCCAGCGGGAACCGAAAAAUGUAUUGACUUAGACAACAAAUUUAAAUGUGAAUGUCGUGAAGGUUUCACAGGAGAAAUGUGUGAAACUAAUAUUGAUGAUUGUGCUUCCGAUCCAUGCUUUAAUGGUGGUUCCUGUAAAGAUGAAGUUGGUGAUUAUAAAUGUUCUUGUCAACCGGGAUGGACAGGCAAACGAUGUGAGCGAGAUAUUGGAAACUGCAUGAAUUUACCCUGUCAGAAUAAUGCUAAAUGUAUAGAUCUCUUCCAAGAUUAUUUCUGUGUUUGCCCUAGUGGAACCGAUGGUAAGCAGUGUGAAACUGCACCUGAAAGGUGUAUUGGUAGCCCUUGCAUGCAUGGCGGGAAAUGCCAAGAUUUUGGAUCGGGCCUAAAUUGCACUUGUUCGCUAGACUAUAUGGGCAUUGGUUGUCAAUAUGAAUUCGAUGCUUGUGAAGCAGGUCUUUGCCAAAACGGUGCUACGUGUAUGGAUGAAGGAGAAGGAUAUUCUUGUAUCUGUGCUCCUGGAUUCACAGGCAAAAACUGCGAUGAAGAUAUUAUUGACUGUAAAGAAAACUCUUGUCCACCAUCGGCAACUUGCAUAGAUUUACCAGGCAGAUUUUAUUGCCAAUGUCCAUUUAAUCUAACGGGUGAUGAUUGCAGAAAAACUAUCAGCGUGGAUUAUGAUCUCUACUUCAGUGAUCCUAUGCGCUCCAGUGCUGCCCAAGUGGUACCAUUUGCAACAGGAUCUGCAGAUAGUUUGACUAUUGCAAUGUGGGUACAGUAUACACAGCAAGAUGAAGGAGGUAUCUUCUUUACCGCUUAUGGUGUGAGCAAUUCUCAAAUAGCUCUUAAUAAAAGAACAAUCAUACAAGCCCACUCAAACGGUGUUCAGGUAUCUCUUUUCCCUGAACUCCAAGAUGUUUAUUUAAGUUUUGGUGAAUAUGCAACAGUCAAUGAUGGACAAUGGCAUCAUGUGGCCUUAGUAUGGGACGGUAGUAAUGGCGGAGAAUUAACUCUUAUAACGGAAGGUUUAAUUGCAAGUAAACUUGAAGGCUAUGGCAGCGGGAAAUCAUUACCAUCAUAUGUUUGGGUAACUUUAGGAAAACCACAAUCAGACAAUCCUAAGGCUUACACUGAAUCAGGCUUCCAAGGACAUUUAACAAAAGUACAAAUAUGGAACCGUGCUCUUGACGUAACUAACGAAAUUCAAAAACAAGUUCGCGACUGUAGGACUGAACCAGUACUUUAUAGCGGCUUAGUGUUGACUUGGGCAGGAUACGAAGAUACUAUCGGUGGUGUUGAGAGAAUCGUGCCAUCUCACUGUGGACAAAGAGUCUGUCCAAAUGGCUACACUGGAUCGAAAUGCCAACAACUACAAGUCGAUAAGGAACCUCCGAAAGUAGAAAGAUGUCCUGGUGAUCUUUGGGUAAUCGCCAAAAAUGGAUCGUCUGUCGUUAGCUGGGAUAUGCCUGUAUUUAGUGAUAUUGUUGGUGUAGCACGUGUAGUUGAAAAAUCUGGACAUCAACCUGGACAAAACCUUGCCUGGGGAGCAUACGAUAUAGCAUACAUAGCCUAUGAUGCUGCCGGUAAUGCCGCAACGUGUACUUUCAAAGUAACAGUCUUAUCUGAAUUUUGUCCGGCAAUGCCUGAUCCUCUGGGUGGAUAUCAAUCAUGUCGCGAUUGGGGUGCAGGUGGUCAGUUUAAGGUGUGUGAAAUCGCAUGUCGCGAUGGUCUGAGAUUUUCUCAACCUGUACCGCCAUUCUAUACAUGUGGGGCUGAAGGAUUUUGGAGACCUACAAAUGACCCAUCUCUACCACUUGUAUAUCCAGCUUGCUCGCCGGCUUCUCCUGCACAACGAGUCUUUAAAAUUUCCAUGUUAUUCCCAAGUUCUGUACUCUGUAAUGACGCUGGACAAGCAGUACUCCGACAAAAAGUUCGCAGUGCUAUUAACCAACUUAAUAGAGAUUGGAGCUUCUGUUCAUACGCUGUUGACGGUACAAGGGAGUGUAAGGAACUGGAUAUUAAUGUGAAGUGUGAUCAUCGCGCUAACGUCCGACAAACUAGACAAGUAUCUUCCCCUCCCACGGCAACAUCAAAAGACACCUACGUACUUGAUGCUAUAAUACCAGUAGAAGAGACAAGAAGCAAUAGAGAAGGCCGUCAAGCCGGAGACACAUACAGCAUCGAACUAUCUUUUCCGGCUGUAAACGACCCAGUAAUCAACAAUGGUAACAAUGAACGCUCUACUGUUAAACGAUUGCUGGAGAAACUCAUCCUCGAAGACGAACAAUUUGAUGUACGAAAUAUACUUCCAAAUACUGUACCAGAUCCGGCCAGUCUAAAACUCGAAUCAGACUAUGCCUGUCCUAUGGGACAAGUAGUUAUGGCACCUGACUGCGUGUCUUGUGCUGUGGGUACUUACCUUGAUGCCGCAAGUGAUUCUUGUCAGCCAUGCCCUGCGGGAUCUUAUCAAUCUGAAGCUGGUCAGCUGCAAUGUACGCCCUGUCCUGCUAUUGCUGGACAAUCUGGUGUCACUCAAGCAGCAGGCGCUAGAAGUGCAGCUGAUUGUAAAGAGAGAUGCGCCUCUGGCAAAUACUACGACGCAGAAGCAGAACUAUGCAGGCCUUGCGGUCAUGGCUCUUAUCAACCUCGCGAAGGAGCUUUCUCUUGCAUUGCAUGUCCAAGAGGUCAAACAACACGAGCCACUGAGGCAGUAUCAGCUGCAGAAUGUAGGGACGAUUGCCCAUCAGGCGAGCAACUGAGCAGUGAUGGUGGAUGCGAGCCUUGCCCACGCGGCACGUGGCGAGCCAAUGGCUCUGGCGCAGCAUGUGCGCCAUGCCCGUCGGGCACUACCACACCUCAAGCUGGUGCGGCUUCACCUGACCAAUGUUCACUUCCUGUGUGUAGAGCAGGUUCUUACCUCAAUGCGACUCUGAAUACAUGCAUACAAUGUAAGAAAGGAACAUACCAAUCAGAAAUGCAACAAACGCUAUGUAUUCCUUGCCCGAUCAACACCAGUACAAAGGGACCGGGCGCGACAUCAGAAUCCGACUGCACGAAUCCAUGCGAGAUUUUGGGUCCCGAGAUGCACUGCGACGCCAACGCCUACUGCUUACUGAUACCUGAAACUAGUGAAUUUAAAUGCCAAUGUAAACCUGGCUUUAAUGGAACUGGAAAAGUUUGUGUUGACGUUUGCCAGGACUUCUGCGAUAACGGUGGUGAGUGUGUGAAAGACGCUCGUGGCGAACCUUCUUGUCGCUGCGCCGGUUCCUUCACAGGUCGCCAUUGCAGAGACAAGAGCGAAUUCGCAUACAUUGCUAGUGGUGUAGCAGGCGGAGUGAUCUUCAUAAUAUUCCUUGUACUUCUCGUCUGGAUGAUUUGUGCGAGAUCAACUAAGAAGAGAGAACCAAAGAAGACACUAACACCGGCUAUAGAUCAAAACGGAUCUCAAGUGAACUUCUAUUAUGGAGCGCACACUCCGUAUGCGGAAUCUAUUGCGCCCUCGCAUCACUCCACAUACGCUCAUUAUUACGACGACGAAGAAGACGGCUGGGAAAUGCCAAACUUUUACAACGAAACAUACAUGAAAGAGAGUUUACAUAACGGAAUGAACGGAAAAAUGAAUAGCUUAGCACGAUCGAACGCCAGCAUCUAUGGCACGAAGGAGGAUCUAUAUGACAGAUUAAAAAGGCAUGCGUAUCCGGGUAAGAAAGAUAAGAGUGACAGCGACAGUGAGGGUCAAUAAAUAUAUCGGAGGACUGCGUUUUGUCGUAUUCUGGUCAAACUUACAUAAUACUAUGUCGUAUUAGUUUCAACUCUCGGUGCCUUGUUAUACAAUUACAACUUUUUAUGGACUUAAUUUUAUCGGUUAUUUUGCCGAGAGAUAUUUUUAUAGAAUUUUGUACUCUCCUAGCUUUAUUAAUUAGUUUAAUUUAAAUUAUGUAGAUUAACACACUCACUGUUUAACAUGCAGCCCCACCAAACGUAAUAUUUGUAUACCACAAAUCACUUUAAGCGCUGAAGCAAAAUUUUAUAGCGACAAUUUAAUGGCCAUAAGAUUAUUUGACAGGAAACAGUGAAUGUGUUGAUGUUCUGAGAUUACGAUCAACAAAAAUAAAAUGCUCAAAUAUUUUAGGCAAAAGCCAUAACGAAAAGCAGGUCUAUCAUUUGAAUUUUACAUUAUAACAAGAUAGACAAUCAGAUGCAAUUAUAGCUCUUACAACAAAAUGUAAAUAUACUUUAUAAUAUUUUUGUAUAUUUAUAGUAGACCUCAAAUGCGUUAAUUAUAAUUCUACGUUUAUUUUAGGUGUAAGCUAUGAUACGUUGAGCAUUGCGAGAGCAAUGAUCGGUUCAUAAAUGUUGUGUUGAUAUUAUAAGUUAAAUUUUUACGUUUUGUAUUAUAAACCGGACUGUACUUACUGUAUUUUAUAUCAAUAUAAUAUGUAAAAAUGUGUGUGGUUGUAUAUUAUGAAAUGAAUGUAUAGGAUGUUUUUUAUAAAGUAAAUAUAAUUUAAUUUGCUAUAAUACGGGAACAUGAUUAUUAUGUUAUUUAAAAUAAACCGUCCAAUUUAUGAAGUUUUAAGGACUCAUGAAUAAUAUUAAUAAACAUUGAAAUUAUAAUAUUUUUUAUAAUACUCAUUGAUUUCGUGCGUGGUUUGUAUCCCAUCACAAUUAUUACCACAUUAGUGAUUACUUUAACAGUAAUAUGUUUACAAAGAAAAUAAAUUAACAUUACG